AUCUUUACCUAAUAAAUCUCAAAUCGAGAAAUUUUUAAAAGCCAUCAUAGAAAAACGCUUGAACGAAGAUGAUAUUAUAAUUCCAGAUAUAAAAGAUUCUUAUAAAGGCGCUUUAGUAAAAUGGGUAUUAAAGGAAGAUGGCAAAUUAUUUCAAGCUUCGAAGUUUGAUAAGAACACUAAAAAAUGGGAAUCUGUGGGUGGUUAUUGGAAUAUUCGUCCAAAGCAUAUAAAAAUAUCUUCUAAAUUUGUUUAUAGUUGCGAGUUAUUAGGUAACGAAGAUUUGGCGAUGAUUACAUCUGUUGGUUUAUUAAUCUGGUCAAUCUGGAAAAAGGACAAAAUUAGAUUACAAUAUUAUAAGGGGUUUCCUUUUCAAGCUCCUUAUUUAUAUGAGAAAGAUUACAAUAAUCGAUUCAUUUUGGGAACUUACAAAAGUAUAGAAUUUUACAAAAAAAUGGGAUUUGAAGUAAAAAAAUCACAUAUAAAAAAGCUACUUUAUGAAAUACAAGAAUGUAAGGAUGAUAAUUAUCUUGUUCGGCUCUAUUUAUCAAUCCUCUGCCAUUGUAAUACAUAUAUAAGCUGGUUAAGCCAAUUAAUACCUCUAUGGAAACAUGAAAACAAGCAAUUAACACAGUUAGAUUCACAAGAAUGUAAUAAAAAUCAAUGCAAAAAAAAUUCAUUGCCAUCGCCAGAUUUUGACGUGAUUACUCAAUUUUACGAUGAAUUUCGUACGGGUGAAGAGGGUGAAAUAUAUCCUCUUAAAGAAUUACUAGAAGAUUACCUUGAAGAUAAA